AUGCUUCCGUCGUUCAUGGUCACACUGUUUUGGAAAAGGAUGGACGAGGUGGCGGAGGUAGUAGGAGUGGGAGGGGGUGCCGAACACGAGGGAGGAGGCGAGGGGGCGCCACGCGUCGUGGUUGAGUACAGCUACGAGGAGGAGGAGGAGAUCCAGGAGGAUAUAUCGAGGCAAGCUCAGCACGGGGUGAGCGGCCCAGGUGGCAAUGCGAACAAGCAGGAGGGCUCGAGCUCAGAAUCGAGCUCCGGCUCGAGUUCGAGCGAUGAGUCGAUCGAGCACGACGACGAGGGCGCAGGAGAACAUCCAGGUGGGACGGAGCGUACGGAGGAGCACGGAGUGGCGCUCGGGGAGCGGGUGGACGAGCGGGUGAAGCAUAUCGAGCAGCAGGUGACGGGGGACGAUGGGGCUGUCGAGGAGCAGGAGGGAGUGCAGCAGCAGGUGGGCGGGGCGGCUGCGCAGGAGGGUGGGGUCGGAGGGCAGCAGCAGGAGGGCGUGGUGGCUGCGUAG